UAAAAAAUGUCUUUCUUUAAAUUACUGCUUGUGUUAUUAAAAUAAAUAAUAAAAACACGAAGAAGCAAUAGUGGAACGUUUUCGACCGAUUUCGCCGAUGGCAUACACGAAUCGAAAAAGCGCACGAGGUGUUGUGAUGGAGGGAACGUUUUGGGGUCGGACACUUCCUGUUUUGUAGCACCAGUAUGAAGAAAGAGCAGGUUGUGAAUUGUCAGUUUUCCGUUUGGUAUCCCAUUUUCAAAAAGCACACAAUUAAAAGUUUGAUUCUUCCACUUCCUCAGAAUGUAAUUGACUACUUACUGGAUGAUGGGACACUUGUAAUUUCUGGAAGAGAUGAAACUCCAAGCCAUUCAGCAGCAAAUAAUGACAGUGAAGAUGAAAAUGAAAUACAGUGGUCAGAUGAUGAGACAACAGAAAUUGUCACAGCUCCAGAAUUUCCAGAGUUUGCAUCAAAGGUGCAGGAAGCAAUAAACGUAUUAGGUGGCAGUGUUUUUCCAAAACUCAAUUGGAGUUCACCAAGGGAUGCAAAUUGGAUUGCUUUGAACAGUACACUGAAUUGCCGGAGCCUCAGUGAUAUUUUCUUACUUUUAAAAAGUUCAGACUUUAUUGCCCAUGACUUUACACAGCCGUUUGUCCAGUGUAAUGAUGAUUCCCCUGAUCCCCAAAUAAAUUAUGAGCUUGUUCUGAGGAAAUGGUGUGAAUUAAUUCCUGGAGGAGAAUUCAGAUGUUUUGUAAAAGAAAACAAACUUAUAGGUAUCUCCCAGAGGGACUACACACAAUAUUAUGAUCAUAUUUCCAAGCAGGAAGGUGAACUUUGUAGAUCCAUUCAAGAUUUCUUUAAGGAGAACAUACAGUAUGCAUUCCUAGAUGAAGACUUUGUGUUUGAUGUCUACAGGGACAGCUCAGGUCGGGUAUGGCUAAUAGACUUCAACCCUUUUGGUGAAGUGACAGAUUCACUUUUGUUCACCUGGGAAGAGCUAACUUCAAAAUGUUGCCCUCAGGGAGAUGAUAAUGAGGGAAAUAUUACAGAGCAGGAUAUGCCUGCAUUUCGUUAUACCACAAGUGAAGUGACAGUACAGCCAAGCCCCUGUUUGAGUUAUCGAAUUCCAAGAGAUUUUGUGGACCUUUCCACUGGAGAGGAUGCCUAUAAGCUCAUUGACUUUCUCAAACUGAAGAGGAAUCAACAAGGGGAGUCAUCUGAUGAAGAUGUCUAAUGUUAAAAUGUUGCACACAUUUCUUUUUCUUAGUAUUCUACAUUUGUCAGGUUAAUAAUAUUUCUAAGGAUAUACAUUGGAAAGACUUUUCUAUUUUAAGAUAAUAUCUGUAAAGUUUCAUUCAUUUAAAGAAAAUUAAAAUUUCUUUAAUAUUAUAAAUAUUAUACAUGUAUGAUCUAUAUUUCAUUUUCAGCCAGUGAAGCAAAUGUCAUUUAACCAUAAAUAACACAAAUUGCAAGUUUUUAUCUUUUUUUCAUUUAAAAAAUCUUUGACAUCCUUGAUCUUUACAGUGAUUACUGACAGCAUCUGGGAAAAUAAUUAUUGGGAACAAAUGACUAAACUUAGUGGUUCAUGGUUUUGAAAAAUACAUAACUGGAAGAGCUAAUACAUAUGCAUAAACAAAAUGAAUAAAGUCUGAAUUGUUAAAGCAACAU